GGCAGUGUGAGCGUUGAGAAGGAAACCAGUCAUGUCCUUGAAUGACAUUAAGAUGAAAUCCAGUGACUUGCUGGAGAAGGAACAUCUGGAUAGCGGGGGCUUUGGAGAAGUGUCCCUGUGUCUGCACAAGUCCCAUGGAUUCGUGAUUCUGAAAAAGGUGUACACCGGGCCCAACUGUGCUGAGUACAACGAGGCGCUGCUGGAGGAGGGCAAGAUGAUGCGGCGGCUGCGGCACAGCCGCGUGGUGGAGCUGCUGGGCGUCAUCAUGGAGGAGGGGCACUACUCGCUGGUCCUGGAGUUCAUGGAGAAGGGCAACCUCAUGCGCGUGCUCCAGGCCAAGAUUAGCAUCCCCCUUUCUGUGAAGGGGAGGGUCAUCAUGGAGACCAUCGAGGGCAUGCGUUACUUGCACGGGGAGGGUGUGAUCCACAAGGACCUCAAGCCUGAAAACAUCCUCGUGGACAACGACUUCCACAUCAAGAUAGCCGAUCUUGGCGUCGCCACCUUCAAGACCUGGAGCAAACUGACCAAAGAGGAGCACAACGAGCAGAAGAAACUGCACCGCAGUGCCUCCAGGGCGACGGGCGGCACCCUCUGCUACAUGGCCCCCGAGCACCUGAACGACAUCAACGCCAAGCCCUCGGACAAGUCCGACGUGUACAGCUUCGCCAUAGUGCUGUGGGCGAUUUUCGCCAGCAAGGCGCCCUAUGAAAACGCCAUCUGUGAGCAGCAGCUCAUAGUCUGCAUCAAGUCUGGGAACAGGCCCGACGUGGCCGUCAUCCUGGAGUUCUGCCCGCAGGAGGUCAUCAGCCUCAUGAAGCAGUGCUGGGACGGGGACCCAGCCCUCCGGCCCACCUUUGUAGGCAUUGACGAAACAUUCAGACCUUUUUACGUAGCGCAGUUAGAAGGACUCGUAGAAGAAGACGUGGAGACUCUCAAGAAGGAGUAUCCAUGCGAAAACGCCAUUCUGAGGAGAAUGCAGUCUCUCCAGCUGGAUUGUACAGCCAUACCUCCCAGCAGAUCAAAUUCAGCCACAGAGCAUCCCAGUUCGUUGCACAGCUCGCAGGGACUCGGGCCGGGGCCCGUGGAGGAAUCCUGGUUUGCCCCCUCCCCAGCCCAGGAGCCAGAGGAGAACGAGCUCAGCCUGCAGAGUAAACUCCAGGAAGAAGCCAACUACCAUCUUUACGGCAGCCGCAUGGACAGGCAGACGAAGCAGCAGCCCUGGCAGAGUGUGGCUUACAGCAGAGAGGAGGAAAGACGACGCCGGGUCUCCCAUGACCCUUUCGCCCAGAAGAAACCUUACGAGAACGCCCAGACCCCCGGGAUCAAGAGCCCUGGGUACCCCGGCGCAGCUGGCCCAGGCAGCGUGAUGCCCCCGCUGGUGGGGCUCACCAGCCAGCCCCCGUUAUGGCACAGCAGCAACGGACUGAGCGGCCCCUCUGGCUUGGGAGCAAGACCCCUGGAUCCGGGGGCGGCGGGGCCCCGCGUGUGGCAAGGGCCACAUUCAAACUACACGUUGAGCCAGCACAAAACCGCGGUGCCCGAGACCGCCCUGUUUGGAAACACGCCCACCAUGCCCUUCAGCUCCCUGCCGCCGCGAGACGAGACUUCCAGAUAUACCAUCUACAACAGCAGUGGCAUUCAGAUCGGAGACAAUAAUUACAUGGAGAUUGGAGGAGUGGGCACCAUAUUCCAGGACAGCAUGUACCUGAACUUGAACUCGGCUUCCAUGUACCAAGAUAUCUUUGAUAAUACCACUAGCGUGACUGACAGGCACCUGGACCCCAUCAGGGAGAACCUGGGAAGGCACUGGAAGAACUGUGCCCGUAAGCUGGGCUUCGUGGAAUCCCAGAUCGAUGAAAUCGACCACGACUACGAGCGAGACGGACUGAGGGAAAAGGUUUACCAGAUGCUGCAGAGGUGGCUGAUGAGGGAAGGCACGAAGGGCGCCACCGUGGGGAAGCUGGCCUUCGCGCUCUUCCAGUCCUCCAGAAUAGACCUCCUGCACUACUUAAUAUGCCUCAGCAAGAGCUAACUCCGGGAGGGGCCUCGGCAGCACACGCCUCCCGAGACCGCGCUGCCUCGGACCCUUCGGAAUCGCUCCUGCACGAACAGGGGUCUCUGUCUGCGCACCGACGUCAUCUCCCCUGUCCCCAGCCGGAGAACGGGGAAAGAAAUCUACCUGAAGCCACCCACGGAACAGGACAGCCUCUUCUUGAAGGGCUGAGACCCCGCCGAAAGAGACGCCCGAGUGGGCUUGGGGGGAGAGCGGAGAGAGUCGGAAGAGGCUGAUUUCUUUCCGUUCAUUCCAGGAGCUCG